AUGGCGGCCACAGCCCGAGCCUUCAUUCUAUCUCGCCUCACCGACCUCUCUCUCAAGCCUUGCCAACCACCGCCCCCGAUUUCCCGCCACCUUCUCGUCCGCCCUCUGCUCCCCUCCUUCCGACGGCGUCGUUUAGCCACCAGCUCAUCUCCCGCCGUCAGAUGCCUCAUAUCGGGCGUAGACGGUGGCGGCGUCUCGGACGAGUUCGUUUCGACUCGGAAGUCCGGGUUCGACCGCGGCUUCUCCGUCAUCGCCAACAUGCUGAAGCGGAUUGAGCCCCUCGACACCUCCGUUAUCUCCAAGGGCGUUUCGGAUUCCGCCAAGGACUCCAUGAAGCAGACGAUUUCUACUAUGCUGGGGUUACUCCCGUCCGAUCAGUUCUCCGUCACUGUUAGGGUUUGCAAAGCCCCUCUCGAUCGCCUCCUCGCCUCUUCCAUAAUCACCGGGUACACGCUGUGGAACGCCGAGUAUCGGAUAUCGUUGAUGAGAAAUUUCGACAUUUCUUCGGAAAAUUCUAUGCCGUCGGAUCGGUCGAAGAUUGGUGGGGCAUCGGAGAUGGCAGAGAGUGAGGAAAUGCGUAGUAUAAAUGGCGUUGGGAUGAGUAGCGAACUCUUGGAUUCAACAGCUCCUCAAGUUUUUGGGGAUUUGUCUCCGGAGGCUUUGAAUUAUAUCCAGAGGUUGCAAUCGGAGUUGACCAAUGUGAAGGAGGAACUGAAAGCUCGAAAGCAAGAAAAUGUGCAAUUAGAAUAUGACAGAGGACAUAGGAAUGAUUUAUUGGAUUAUCUACGAUCCUUAGAUUCAAAUAUGGUGACUGAACUAUCUCGGCCAUCAUCAUUAGAGGUAGAGGAAAUUAUACACCAGCUUGUCCAAAAUAUAUUGCAGAGAUUCUUUAAAGAUGGGACAGAAUUUGUGGAAGAUUCCGUCCCAGCAAAUAUAGAGAAUGACCUAGAUGCUGAUGGCGAACUAUGUGAUACCGUGGGAACUUCACGAGAUUACCUAGCGAAGCUGCUUUUCUGGUGCAUGUUGUUAGGACAUCACUUAAGAGGCUUGGAGAACAGAUUACAUUUGAGUUGUGUUGUUGGAUUAUUGUGA